AUUAGAGCGACUUCUUAAAUCUUCUUCGUUUCCCCAGCGCAGGAUUGCGUUAACAUAAGCACGCUUAUUUUAACUGCAUAUAUAAUUUUUUUUUGUUAAUUUCGUUAACUUGCGCGUACGUUUUCGCUAGAUCACAGCACAUUUUUAUAACGUUUCGCAUCGUUUGCCCUGACGCAGAUCGUAUCGAUCUGGUUAUUCAGAGAUGGACAGCGAAGUACAGAGAGAUGGAAGAGUGUUGGAUCUCACCGAUGAUGCCUGGAGGGAGGACCGUCUGCCCUAUGAGGAUGUCACCAUACCGCUGAGUGAACUCCCUGAGGCAGAGCAAGACAAUGGAGGAUCUACAGAGUCCGUGAAAGAACAAGAGAUGAAGUGGUCCGAUUUGGCCCUGCAAAGUCUCCAUGAAAACACUCCCAGUACUGGGAACUAGCGGGCCAGACGCAAGGGCAAGACGAAUGGUCAUACUGGAUUGAGAAUAUACUGGCUUUUCACUACAAAGAUGAAAAAUAUUGUAAAUAAAUAUACAUGCACAUGAGAAAAUUAAGUUUUGCUUUGAGAGAUUUGCACCCCAAAAACACCAGCUAAUUUAUUAAAAUAGCUAUGGUGCAAAUUUUGGAGGAAUGGUACCUCAUUCAAAUUGUGCAAACAGCGUGUCAAACUAAAUGUUAACUGGGAAAGAUUCAAUCUUAAAAAAAUACACAAAACUG